GCGAGACAGGAAUGCUGGCCCUCCAGAUUAGCCUUGAAGGGUGUGGAGCCAACUGCUGCUGCUGCUGUCGUCCUCCUCACACACACUCGUCUGCGUUUGUGUCUGUCCGUCUCUGCUGAAGAGCCCGCACGAGCUAACUGCUCAGAACAAGGGAGAUUGUUGGACUGAGCGGUGCAGGUUGACUAGGGGGACAUGGCAGGAAAGAUUUCCAAAGACGAGCUGGAGGAGCUGCGGGAGGCCUUCGCCAAAGUGGACCUGAACAGCAAUGGCUUCAUCUGUGACUAUGAGCUGCACGACCUCUUCAAAGAGGCCAACCUCCCGCUGCCCGGCUACAAGGUGCGCGAGAUCAUCCAGAAGCUGAUGGCCGAGGGCGACAAGGACAAGGACAACAAGAUCAGCUUCGACGAGUUUCUUUCGAUCUUCCAGGAGCUGAAGAGCAGCGACAUCGCCAAGAGCUUCCGCAAGGCCAUCAACAGAAAGGAGGGCAUCCUGGCCAUCGGGGGCACGUCAGAGCUGUCCAGCAUGGGCACACAGCACUCCUUCUCAGAGGAGGAGAGGUUUGCCUUUGUGAACUGGAUCAACACGGCGCUGGAGAAAGACCCCGACUGCAAGCACGUGCUCCCCAUGAACCCCAACACAGAUGACCUCUUCAAGGCCAUGGGGGAUGGCAUCGUCCUCUGUAAAAUGAUCAACCUCUCCGUGCCUGACACCAUAGAUGAAAGAACCAUAAACAAGAAGAAGAUCACGCCGUUCACAAUACAGGAGAAUCUCAAUCUGGCUCUGAACUCUGCCUCUGCUAUUGGCUGCCACGUGGUCAACAUCGGUGCUUUUGACCUGCGGGAAGGCAAACCUCACCUGGUGCUCGGCCUCCUCUGGCAGAUCAUCAAGAUCGGCCUGUUUGCCGACAUCGAGCUCAGCCGCAAUGAAGCUCUGGCGGCUCUGCUGCGUGAGGGCGAGACUCUGGAGGAUCUGAUGAAGCUCUCCCCCGAGGAGCUGCUCCUGCGCUGGGCCAACUUCCAUCUGGAGAACGCCGGCUGGAACAAGAUCAACAACCUCAGCGGCGAUAUCAAGCUGUCAGACUUCGCACAUUCGGUGAAGGACUCCCGAGCCUACUUCCAUCUUCUGAACCAGAUCGCGCCCAAGGGCCAGAAGGAGGAUGAGGAGAGGAUCGACAUCGACAUGAGCGGCUUCAACGAGAAGGACGAUCUGAAGAGGGCAGAGUGCAUGCUGCAGCAGGCUGACCGCCUCGGCUGCCGACAGUUCGUCACCCCCGCCGAUGUUGUCGCCGGCAACCCUAAACUGAACCUGGCCUUUGUGGCCAACCUGUUCAACAAGUACCCCUCCCUUACCAAACCAGAGGGCCAGGACAUCGACUGGAGCAUGUUGGAAGGUGAGACCAGAGAGGAGAGGACCUUCAGGAACUGGAUGAACUCACUGGGAGUGAACCCUCAUGUCAACCAUCUCUAUGGUGAUCUCAUGGACGCCUUGGUCAUCCUGCAGCUCUAUGAGCAGAUCAAGGUUCCAGUGGACUGGAACAACAAGGUCAACAAGCCACCAUAUCCCAAGCUCGGGGCCAACAUGAAAAAGCUAGAGAACUGUAACUAUGCAGUGGAGCUGGGCAAGACCAAGGCCAAGUUCUCCCUGGUGGGCAUCGGUGGGCAGGACCUGAACGACGGCAACCCCACCCUCACCCUGGCGCUGGUGUGGCAGCUCAUGAGAAGAUACACUCUGAAUGUAUUAGAGGACCUGGGAGAUGGCGAGAAGGCCAAUGAUGACAUCAUUGUCAACUGGGUAAACAAGGUUCUGUCGGAGGCUGGCAAAUCCACCAAAAUAUCAAGCUUCAAGGACAAGGAGAUCAGCACCAGUCUGCCCGUGCUGGACCUGAUUGAUGCCAUUCAGCCCGGAAGCGUGAGCUACGACCUGGUUAAGACGGGCACCCUGUCUGACGAGGACAAGCAGGAGAAUGCCAAGUAUGCUGUAUCAAUGGCCAGGAAGAUCGGCGCUCGUGUCUACGCCCUGCCGGAGGACCUGGUGGAGGUGAAGCCCAAGAUGGUGAUGACCGUGUUCGCUUGCCUUAUGGGGCGGGGCAUGAAGAGGGCGUAACCCUCCCUGACCACGCCAGCCAAUCAAAGCCCUCGCCUUCACCACCUACAAGCCGUUUGCUGGUUAAAAGGCUUUUGGUUUAAAAGGGAAAAAAAUUGAGUUAACACAGCCAUAUUAAUAAAAUAAGAAAAGGCAAAUCUAAUGGCAAAGAGAUGUCAAAGAAUAACAUUUAAAUGUUUGGCAAUAGAAGAAUGUUUAAGGGAGGGGUUAGAGAGAGGUGGCUUAUAGAUGGAGCAGGACGUUUAUUUUUUUGUCGCCCCAACAGAUUAUGGUUUGCUUCGAAGGUACAAUAGAAUAAGACAAUGAAACACAUGCAAAAUAAUUCAGCAACAUACCUAAACAUAUCUGCAUUUUGGAUUCAAGCCAUGUCAAAAAACAAAAAAACACUGCAAUGUAUAUUUUUUUAUUUGCAUAUUUGUUAUUGUGGACUUGCGUGGUGUGAGGGGUGUUAUGUCGGACCACUCUUGGGAAGGAAGUGUGAGGGAACUGGCUACAGGCAGGAUUGCUCCCGCUUGCAGUAACACUGAUGGCUUUUUGUAUGGGACCAUUGAAUCUUCAUGCUUAUUUUCCUAGUGUUUAUAUAUAUAUAUAUAUAUAUAUAUAUAUAUAUAUAUAUAUAUAUAUAUAUAUAUAUAUAUAUAUAUAUAUAUAUAUAUAUACGUACAUAUCUUGUGUACAAAUACAUACAUGCAUUCAUUCAUACAGUCUGUACUGGUAGAAGCUUUAAACAUUCCAUAAUAUCUGAACUCCUUUUAGUUUAUGUCAUAUGUCCAUAUAUACUGAGAAAAAAAGCAUUUUGCAGAAAGAUGGAUGGUCCAAAUGAAAACUAUGCAUGAACAAUCUUUUUUUUUACUGUGCAUAUUAUUUAAAAUAACACACUCCAUGGAUGCUGAGGAAGAAAAACAAACACAAGCUUUAAGUGACCAAUUGACUGUUCUGUGAAAAGUGAAGUCAAAAAUAGGGCAUGGAGCUCUAGCACAGAGCUGGUGGCCAGCACAGACGUGCUGUGGGGUCAGUGUCCACUUUAGUUCCAGCAGCGCGAGUAAAAGCAAACAUGGGGGUGGGGGGUGUAAACUGGAAGAGUUGGGCCUCACUGCAGCAUGUUGUCUGGACAGACGGAUUUCAAACCAAAACCAGUGCGUUGUUUGUUGUGUACAUUGUCUAGAAUGAAGAUCCAACUGCAGAAAAUAAAGCACCCAAUGCUGUUCAUAGAAA